CAUCACCACCCACCCGCCCUCAUCCGCCCACGACAACUACCCGCAAACACAAAAGACCUCCAAGGAAAACCAUCCGUCAUGAGCUGCCCAUCAAACGGAGUCAACCCCAUUGCUUUACUUUCGGUAUCCAACAAGACUGGCUUGAUCGAUAUCGCACAGGGUCUCCACCAAGCCGGACUCAGAUUGAUUGGUAGUGGAGGUACCGCAAAGGCCGUCCGGGAUGCGGGCCUUCCAAUCAGUGAUGUCUCUGAAAUCACCGGGGCCCCAGAGAUGCUGGGUGGCCGUGUCAAGACUCUCCACCCCGUCAUUCAUGGCGGCAUCCUAUCUCGACAGACGCCCAACGAUCUAGCCGAUCUGGCUGCUCAAUCUAUUCAUCCCAUCAGCGUCGUCGUCUGCAACCUCUAUCCAUUUAGCGAAUGCAUCUCCAAGACUCCCCCGCCGACUAUCGAAGAAGCCGUCGAGGAAGUUGACAUCGGUGGUGUGACUCUCCUGAGAGCUGCUGCUAAAAAUCACGAGCGGGUUACCAUCCUUUGUGAUCCCAAUGAUUACUCCUCCUUCCUUAACCAAUGUCAAUCAAACGGUAUCAAUGGCGUCAAGGAAAGCUUCAGGAAAUCUCUUGCUGUCAAGGCCUUUUCAAUGACCGCAGCAUACGAUGCCACGAUUUCUUCUUACUUUCGCAUCAAAUACAAUUCCGCGGACUCAAUUGCCACCGCUCCCCUGGAAAUCAAGAAUGAAUUACGUCAACGAGCCCAACAACUCUCCUUACGCUACGGAGCCAACCCACACCAAGCUCCAGCGCAGGCCUACGUGACUGAGGGAAAAUUACCCUUCUCGGUGCUCUCCGGUUCACCGGGGUAUAUCAACUUACUAGACGCCCUCAACUCAUUUGCUCUAGUGCGAGAGCUGUCGGAAGCCUUCCAGCCCCCGAUUCCCGCGGCGGCCUCCUUCAAGCAUGUCUCUCCAGCGGGUGUCGCGGUGGGGACGAGUGAACCACUGACGGAUGUCGAGAUCCAAGUCUUUGGGGUCGAUGGGAUCCAAGACUUGAGUCCGUUGGCCAAGGCUUACGCCCGGGCUCGUGGCGCCGAUCGGAUGUCUUCUUUCGGCGACUUCUUGGCUCUCUCUCACACCUGUGAUGUCUCGACAGCCAAAAUCAUCUCACGCGAGGUCUCCGAUGGUGUCGUCGCUCCUGGAUAUGAACCUGAGGCUUUAGAAAUCCUCAGGAAGAAGAAAGCUGGCAAGUAUUGCGUGCUCCAGAUGGACCCUAGCUUCCAGCCUGAAUUGAUCGAACGAAGACAGGUCCACGGAAUCACUCUGGAACAACGACGAAAUGAUGUGAAGAUCACGCCGGAAUUGUUCAAGGAUAUCGUGACCGAGGCUAAAGAUUUGCCGGCGUCGGCCAUCACUGAUUUAAUCGUCGCGACCCUCUCCUUGAAAUACACACAGUCGAACUCAGUGGCGUAUGCAUUCAGGGGCGGGAUCAUCGGUCUGGGAGCUGGCCAACAGUCUCGGAUCCACUGCACCCGUCUGGCCGGGACUAAGGCCGAUCUAUGGUGGCUCCGACACCAUCCCAAGGUGUUGGGGAUGAAGUUCAAACCGACGACAAAACGUGCCGAUAAGGCGAAUGCGAUUGACCUCUAUCUGACCGAUGCGGUUUGGGAUAACGAUGAUGAUGAGGAAGAGGGGGUGAUCAGUACGGAACGCAAGGAAUGGGAAGCCAUCUUCGAGGAAAUUCCCGAGCGACUGUCCAAGGCUGAACGCAAAGAAUGGAUGAAAAAGCUUGAUGGGGUGGCACUGGGAAGUGAUGCCUUCUUCCCAUUCACCGAUAACGUUCGAAGGGCCGCUAAGAGUGGCGUCAAGUACAUCGCCGCUCCUGGUGGUAGCGUCAUGGACCCUGCGGUCUUCAAGGCCGCUGAUGAGGCUAAAAUGGUCUACUGCAAAACUGGGCUCAGAUUGUUUCAUCAUUGAUCAUCCUCUCUUUCUUUCUUUCUUUAUCCCUCCCGAACCCACUCGAUUUGUAUUUACAUAUACCCUAUACCCCCUCUUAAACAUCUACCUCCCCGCAAGCAUCUUGUCUCAAAUUCUGAAUGCCUCUCUUCCUUUCCUUUCGUUUUACUUUCAAAAAAAAGAAAAAGCGACAAACUUUCUUGUGUUAAAGCUGCCAGUAUGUAAGUAGGAUAUAUAAUGCAACUCAUCCAGGAAGAUUCUAGCUUUCAAGUUUCCUACUGAAGGCAUGUACAAACUGAUCGAGAAGGGGCUGGUCCAUCACUGGCAAAGGUGACUGGACAGGCUACUUG